UAUUCCCUAUAUAUUGUAUAUAUAAAGGAUAAAGCAAUAAAUAGAAGAAAGAGAGGGAUAGAGCUUGAGAACCCCUAGAAAUGGCUGAAGAACGUCAAGGUCAGAGCAACGGUGGAGGAAACGUUAUUCCUACUCCUGAAGAAGUUGCUACUUUCCUGCACAAAACUGUUGAAGAAGGUGGAUGGGAGAAAUGUUGGGAAGAAGAGAUAACACCAUGGGACCAAGGAAGAGCCACACCUCUCAUCGUUCAUCUUGUCGACACUUGCUCACUCCCUCUUGGCCGUGCUCUUGUCCCCGGCUGCGGUGGUGGACACGACGUCGUUGCCAUGGCAAGUCCUGAACGUUACGUUGUUGGAUUGGAUAUUUCCGAAAGCGCCCUCACGAAAGCUAAUGAGACUUACAGCUCCUCACCAAAGGCAAACUACUUUUCAUUCGUGAAGGAAGAUGUUUUCACUUGGCGUCCUAACGAAUUAUUCAACCUCAUCUUCGAUUAUGUGUUCUUCUGUGCCAUUGAACCGGAGAUGAGAUCUGCAUGGGCUAAAUCUAUGCAUGAACUCUUAAAACCUGGCGGCGAACUCAUAACCCUCAUGUAUCCGAUUACCGACCACGUUGGUGGACCUCCCUACAAAGUGGAUGUCUCUACCUACGAGGAUGUGUUGGUUCCCGUAGGAUUUAAAGCAGUGUCUAUCGAGGAGAAUCCAAAUGCCAUUCCUACUCGGCAAAGAGAAGCUCGGGAGGUGGAAGAAGAUCAAUUGAUCUGUAAGAAAGAGAACUUACGGUUUAGUAAGAGUAUUAUAUGUGUAAUCUCUAUUAAAGAAUAAUGGUUAUCUUCUAUUAUAUAUUUACUAGCUUUAUGUAUGUUUAAAUAUUGAUGAUUGUUAUAGUAGUAGCAGUACUAAUGUUCAUAUGAUUAAUCUC